AUAUCUUAAACAUUCGGUGCAAGAAUUCACUAUAUAAAGUUCACUAUAUAAACUCAUCUCUGAGAUUGCUAGACCGAAGCAAAAUUUAUUUGAUUCUCCAUCUUGUGCUGUUGUUCAAUUUAUAUAAUGGCUGAUUCCCUUGUGCUUCUUCUUGUAGGAAUCGUGGUUUUGGCGACAGGAAUCAGUGCCCAAACUCCAUCCUGUCCCGGCUCUUAUACCAGCGGGAUUGAUUGCAGCUGCAACACACAGAAUUCUGGAUUUAGCAUUAUAUGUGAUGCUGAUUAUUAUUACAGCAGUACUCCAGAAGUAGCAAGGGAAGCCCUUAUUUACUAUCAGUCGUACGGUCCCGUUGUCUCCUUUUAUGUUUAUGGCAUUACCACAACGUCUUUCAAUUACGUCCCGGACAAUUUCCUAGCGGGAAAUCAAAUCCCAAACGUUCAGUUUAAGUGCAGCCACUCUUACUCUGUGAUGGGAAAUCUGCUACUAUUCAGCGUUAACGCAUUCACAGAUGAUUCCGGUGUAUGUGGCUUGACGGGCAAUGUCACAUUCAGCGACUGCAACCUGCGUCAGUUUGACACAACCACCUUAAAAACCUGCAAUCAAUUGGAAAAACUGGCCUUUAUAGACAGUCACGUCGAGACUCUCACCAACAUACCCACGUUUGAAAGCUUGAAGAACUUCACCGUUUAUUCUCCACGACAAUGGAGUGGGGCAACUCAGAGAGGUCUUUCGCGAAUGACGUUGGCUCCGGAUUCAUCGCUUCCGCAAUUAACCUAUCUGGACCUUACUGGCAAUAGUCUCAAAGACGAUUCGAUUGAAUUCGUGUCUCAAUUAACUGUUAUCGAAGAGCUGCAUUUGGAAGGCAACAACUUCGUUGCUGUCCCCAAUUUGACUGAUGCCUUUUAUCUGCACACGUUCUCGAUGACGUUGAACGAGAACGCGACGGACGUCUCCGUUCUACUUCCCAAUCCGAAGACGCAGUUGAAAACUUUAACCGCCAGUUUUUAUUCUUCUAAUUCUAGGACCGUGAACAAUAUUACUACUCUAGAAGGAAUGUUUGUUCGUGACACGAUUAAUUUCCAGUUGAACAUGACCGAGUUCAAAGAGAGCGUUUUCUUAGAACCACUUCAAACGAAUCGGCUCACCAUCAACUUAAAUCCAACUUCAAGAAUCGCCUGUGGCUGCAACAUUUCGUGGCUCAUCCGCGACAACCCGGCACUUUUGUUCCAAGUCAACAACGGAACGUGCACCGAUGGACGCCCAUUCCAGUCCGUUCCCUUAGAAGAAGUGUCAUGCUGUCCAACUGAUUCGCUACUCCGUCAAAUCCAACAGUUGCGAAAAGAAAACCAAGAACUGAAGACGAGACAGUCGAAUCUCGAAUGUGCGCUGUUUCAAUUAAAUCCUCAACAUAUAGAAACAUUUUAAUAUCAGCACUAAACAUCUAUCUUCCAUCCCUCUUGCUCGGCGCCAAUAAUAAAAUACCUUUCAAACAUUCAUGAAUUAGAUAUACCGCUUCAAAUCGAAUACAAAAAAAUAGCCUAGAGCGCAAACAAAUCCUCAUGUUUAGGGUCUAUUUUCUUCUUGAUGGGCGGAUCUGUCAGGUCAAGUCCCUCGGUCCAUUUCCUCAAGAGAAAAACACACGCCGAAAUGUCUCAAAGGCAUUCCUACAUACACACACGAGGACACAAUACUAUACCUGAAACUCUCUCCCUGUGGGUAUAUGUAGAAGUAUAUAGGCCCAGCAAACAAUAGUGUCCUUGUUCCAGCAGCUGUGCACAUACACACUACCGAGAAUCUCCCCGUAUAUAGAAAUGAAAUUCUAUUUUAUUUUUUUUCCCAACUGAGAAAUUCAGUUUGUAUUCGCUUCAAAAGAAGGCAAGCACAAGUCAUGAGAGAAGGGGCAUAUAGGAAGGAGGGAGGGAGGCAUCAAAAUGGGAAGGUCGACAGUUUAAAUAAAAAAGGCGAGAUGUACAAUUAUUAUUAAUGUAUACGCGUUGCUGAACAAA